AUGAUAUUCAUAAGCAGAAUGACAGAAGAAGCUGAGGAUUAUCAUCAGGGUAUCAUGAAAUGGCUGGAUCUUCAACCUCAUUCCUCUGUUGUUUUCCUCUGUUUUGGAAGUGCUGGAGCAUUUGGCGGCGAACAAGUGAAAGAAAUCGCCGAUGCACUCGAGCGUUCUGGCCACCGGUUCAUAUGGUCAUUAAGAGAGCCUUCUCCUUUAGGCAACUUUGGUUACCCUGAGGAGUAUGAGAAUUUUGAAGAGGUAUUGCCGGAAGGGUUUUUACAGCGCAAUUUCGACGUGGGAAAGGUAAUUGGAUGGGCUCCUCAAACUGCCAUUUUGUCACAUCCAGCUGUGGGAGGCUUUGUUUCACAUUGUGGAUGGAAUUCUGUUCUUGAAAGUGUUUGGUGUGGCGUGCCGGUCGCAACUUGGCCUCUUUUCGCCGAGCAGCAGUUGAAUGCUUUCCUGUUGGUGAAGGAUUUGGAGAUGGCUGUAGAGAUUAAAAUGGACUAUAAGCAUUUUGGGGCGACGCUUGAUUUGAAUUGUGAAGGUGUCAGUGCAGAUUUGAUUGAGCAAGGGAUUAGGCUUGCCAUGGAUCCAGAUAGUGAAGUAAGAACAAAAGUGAAGCAAAUGCAAGCAAAGAGUCAUUCGGUUCUGAAUGAGGGAGGAUCAUCUUAUUUCAUGAAAUGUUUCAUUGAUGAUGUAAUAAGCGAUGUACUUUGA